AUGCGAAUUUUACUAAAUGAAGUGCGGGCCCCGACAAGUUCCCAGAUGCAUAAAACUGUAGAUGAUCAAGAGCGAGUGACGUUCAGGGAAGCAUGUGAGGCCCACGGGCUGUUAGAAAAUGACAACCACUGGGGCGCAACUAUGGCUAAAGCCGUCCUUUGUUGCUCAGCAGCCAAAGUUAGGUACUUCUUUACAAUUUUAUUGAGCACUUGCGAACUAUCGAACCCCCUCCAGCUGAGGGAUAAAUACAUGGACGCUUUAUCAGAAGAUAGCGAGAAUAGGCUGAAUGACAUUCACAAUGACCUAAUAAUUAACGAAACUUUGGUAUUGAUUGAGGGUAAAAUGAUUUCCAUAUCUGGAAAGUUUCUCUCUGAUUUCGGCCUAUCCAUACCUCACCGAAGAGGGGAAUUAUAA